CUGCGUUCUACAAUCAGCAAGUCGGACAUUUCUGAGUUCCUAUUUCCGACUAGUACGUGAACGCGGCAUAACAGCACGACUUAAGUUAUAGAACGUCAGCGAAUCAUAUUUCAGAUACUUUAUCCACCCUUUGUUAUAAGCCAGUAGAAAUAUCCCGCGAUGAAUAGGAAACGCCCAUCAUGAGCUUUUUGAUUGAUUUCCGGUGUCUGUGAGAUUACUUAGCUAGCCAGUUGCCCAAACAGUUGCGGUACACCUUUUUUGUUUUGACCAGUGGUGAUUGUAACAACGUCUUUAAAACGCACGUUUUGAAAUUGUUCACAUAAAUGGGCAAUUUUUGAACAGUGACGCCAGUGAAUGGCACAGGCAACACUUGUCGCGGGACCGACCUAGAAGGAGAAGUUGCACCUCCAUGAGUAAUGAACCUGAACCCAUUCUGGAGCAUGUCUACCAAUACUGGUCGUAAGGUAAGAGAGCGGUCUUCCUCUUCUGCACCGAAAGCCAACUUCUGUCAAGUUCACCCAACACACAAGCGAGAAGAGAGACAAAAAAACAGGACCUUCAAAAGUUCCCAAAGAGACACCCACACACUGAAAAGAUCUGACGGUGAGGAACAGAGUGGAGAGCAGCAGCAGCAACAAAGAGCCAGUCCAGCCCGGCCUAGCUUUGGGAAGAAGCAGCUUCCCUCCAUCCCCAAGAAUGCACUCCCCAUCACCAAGCCUGCCUCUCCUGCCGCCACAGCCCAGUUGGCCAACGGAACACAUGCCUCGUACGGUCCCUUCUACCUGGAGUACUCGCUGCUGGCUGAGUUCACGCUAGUGAUCAAGCAAAAACUGCCUGGAAUCUAUGUACAGCCAUCCUACAAAUCAGCAUUGAUGUGGUUCGGGGUCAUUUUCAUCAGACAUGGCUUGUACCAGGAUGGAGUCUUCAAGUUCACUGUGUAUAUUCCAGAUAACUAUCCUGAUGGUGAAUGUCCUAGAGUGGUGUUUGAUAUCCCAGUCUUCCACCCACUUGUGGACCCUGUUUCAGGAGAGCUUGAUGUCAGGAGAGCCUUCACCAAGUGGAGGCGUAAUCACAACCACAUCUGGCAAGUCCUGAUGUAUGCACGCACGGUGUUCUACAAGAUCAACACUAUGGAACCACUCAACCCAGAAGCUGCUGUGCUGUACGACAAGGAUGUGCAGUUGUUCAAAAGCAAGGUGGUAGACAGCGUCAAACUAUGCAACAGUCACCUCUUCGACCAACCCAAGAUGGACGAUCCUUAUGCAAUAAGUUUCUCUUCAUGGAACCCAGCGAUCCACGACGACGCGAAGGAACGGAUGUUCACACAUAAAAGAAGGCCUGAGGAUCACCACAAGGGACUGCAGGUGUCAGGACUGUCUUGGGUGAAGCCCGGAUCCACACAACCUUUCAGCAAAGACGACAACCCUCCCCAGAACUGAGCUGAACCUGCAGUCCUAGUCAGCAGCCACUAGAGAAAGAUGCAGAGCAGAAUGCCACGCCACAGACUAGCUUCAGCAGCCGUUCAGUCGUGUGAAUAGGAACUGAACAAGUUGAAUGGACUUAAUUUUACAUUACAACACUUGCGCUCAGCUUUAAAAGCAUUAUAGGCAUCUUGUGCUCAAACAGCUAUAGAAUAAAAAUGUGUGUAUGUAAGUAAAUCAACAAUGACAACUGGUUGACUUAGUAACAGGCUACAAUGCAAUCAGAGCUUUUUCCCUUUAAUUUCUUCUCUGCUCUUUGCACACGCUUGGGUUUGGUCUAUGAAGAUAACCACUCAAAGCUGGUUGAAAGGUGAGAAUAAAAAUCUGCAUUAAUUAUAGGUAUACUGUAUGAGUGGACUAUGGAUUCAUUACCGCUUGUUAAGGUGGGGUCAGGACAGUUAAUGAUUGGGACUUGGAAUGUUUUUCAAUGACUGGAGAUGGACUCUAACCUUGGGUGUUCUUUUUUCCCCCCAAACAUAUUUGACUGAAAUCAAAUUAGAGCAACACUACAUUUUUGGGGUGGGGGGGAAAUUUGUUCUUUUGGAUUACGGUUUAGUAUCUUUAUUUCUUUACUGUGUAAACUAUAGGCAAGAUGGGUAAUAUAUUUUACUUGCAGGUAUGGUUUUAAUGAAUAUGAUAAGAUAAAUCACUUAUGCAUCUUUACAUUGCUUUUAAUUCAUUUUGAAUGUUCUAUUUACCCUUAUUGAGCUGAUUAAAGGUUUGUGUAAAUAAAGAAAUGUGUGCUGUGGGAAUGGCAGCCCUCAACAGACAUUGUUUUGCUCAAAGCUGUUGGCUACUUGGCACUAUUUAUAUUGCUGUGAAAUGAAGUAAACACAUGCUGUCGUCUGGACUGUUGAAUUUGGUAAAACAAUGCAUACGUGGACUACUCAUUUUACCUUUCCUAUAUGGAACCAAAACUUCAGUCAACAGUUUGCGCUGUAUAGGUAGUGAGUUUGGAAAGCUUUUCUUUGAAAGGAAAUAAACAUGACAAAGCAUA